GGUCAGUGAGAGAAGGAGAGGAGAGAGGCAGAGGGAGACGCAGGGGUGGGGAGCGUGGAUGUACACGAACAUGCCGACGGGAGAGCGUGCGGACGAGCGAUGACAGCCAUGCUGAGCCCAAAGAUCAGACAGACCAGGAGAGCCAGGUCCAAGAGCAUGGUGAUGAGCGAGGUGUCGCGAGGAUCGUGCCGGCCGGCCUCCCCCAGCCUCCAGGAGGGGGCGCUGAAAGCUGGCUGGCUGAAGAAGCAGCGCAGCAUCAUGAAGAACUGGCAGCUCCGCUGGUUUGUGCUGCGCUCGGAUCAGCUCUACUUCUACAAAGACGAGGAAGAAACCAAACCGCAGGGCUGUAUACCACUGCAGGGAUGCCAGGUCAAUGAGCUCACAGCUAACCCAGACGAACCAGGAAGGCACCUGUUUGAGAUCAUACCAGGUGGAACAGGAGAAAAGGACCGAGCACCCAUCAGCCAUGAAUCCUUCCUGCUCAUGGCAAACUCCCAGAACGACAUGGAUGACUGGGUCAAGGCCAUACGGCGGGUCAUCUGGGCGCCAUUUGGAGGAGGGAUAUUUGGCCAGCGUUUAGAGGACACAGUGCAGUAUGAGAAGAAGUUUGGCCCCCGCCUUGCACCCCUGCUGGUUGAGCAGUGUGUGGACUUCAUCAGAGAGAGGGGUCUGGAUGAGGAGGGUCUCUUUCGAAUGCCAGGACAGGCCAACCUAGUCAGAGAGCUGCAGGAGGCCUUCGACUGCGGGGACAAGCCUCUGUUUGACAGUAACACAGAUGUCCACACAGUGGCAUCCUUGCUGAAGUUGUACCUGCGAGAGCUUCCAGAACCAGUUAUCCCUUUCUCCAAAUAUGAAGACUUUCUAACCUGUGCGCAGCUUUUGGCCAAAGAUGAAGAGGAGGGGGUCCAGGAGCUUGGAAAGCAAGUUAGCACUCUACCUCUACCUAACUACAAUCUCCUCAAGUACAUAUGCAAAUUCCUUGAUGAGGUCCAGUCCCACUGUAACGAGAACAAGAUGAGCGUCCAGAACCUCGCCACAGUAUUCGGGCCAAAUAUCCUUAGACCCAAAAUGGAGGACCCGGUCACUAUCAUGGAAGGAACUUCUCUCGUCCAGCACCUGAUGACAGUCCUCAUUAGGGAACACAACUGUUUGUACUCAGGGAGGGAUCAGGAGGGGCCAGCUCUACCCCAAACUGAGAUCCCUAUCCAAGGGCAUCAGCUUCAACACCGCAGCCUGGGAGCCUGGAUCUCUGAAGAGGACCUCCAGAGUUGCCCCGUCGCCAACCCAGACCAAGAACUGCACAGCAGUGCCUCGUCCCUGGACGCCAAGCUGUGUGCAGCUGUCACUCCCACUCAGACCCCUAACCCAAACCCUGGACCAAAACUUGGGUCUUCAUCAGGGAAGGGAGAGACAGUAAUUAGUCCAAGUAAACAAGCCAAGACAAUGCCUUCCUGGAAAUACUCCUUCAAAAGCUCGUCAGCACCUCGUUCCCAGCCGCAAGCUAAGCAAAGCAGCAGCGGUGGCUCCGCAGCAGAUACAACCAGUGUAUCUUCUGGUGGUGGAGGAGGUGGAAGCGGAGGCAACUGGCUUAUGAACGGUUUGUCCUCCUUGAGGGGACACCGGCGCACAUCUUCAGGCGAGCGGUCUGCACGCGACCGUGACUCCACCGGCUCCUCACAAAGGCUGUCCACAUACGACAAUGUCACCUCCUCCUCCAGCAUGGGGAGCGUUCUGAGUGUAUCCAGCACACCGUGGUCCGCUUCCUCCUGUGAAAUCUCCGUCCCUGACUCUGGAAGCGAGCCCUUGGCGCACCAGAACUGUGGAGGUGGGGUGGAGGGUGGAGAAGGCCAGCGAGAGAUUAACAAGGAAAGGGAUGGAGGAAUUACGACAGACGCGAGCUCAGAGCAGGACAGCUGCGAGGCCAUGGAGCUGUGCAGCAGCAGCGCGGCCUGCAGUGAAAACGGAAACAUGGCCACGACGGCCGUGGCGCCGUCCAUUAUCAUGUCUGAAGAUGGAGAUGGGGCAAAACUAACACUGAGCAGCCUGGUGGAGGGACUGAAUGACGAGCUGAGAAAGCAGAAGACUACAUAUGAGGCCAGGAUCCAAAAACUGGAAGAGUCCAGUGCUGCUCUGUGUGCGCAGAUGGAGCGUUUGGAACAGGAGAUGGAGCAGGAGAAGAAGCAGCAACGCAUGCUGGAGAUAAAACUCAGAAACUCUGAGCGGGCACGGGAGGAUGCAGAGAACCGCAACCGUCUUUUGGAAAAGGAAAUGGAGGAUUUCUUUGCCACGCUGGGGGAUCUGGCCCUGGGCACGAGGACUAGCGACCUUUGAUCCGCGGCUUGGGGCCAGCAGGCAUUUUGCGGGAUAAGUCAAAAUAAGACUGGAAAAAGAAAAUGAAGAAAACUUACUUGUGCACAUUCAGGAAAAAACUCAAAAGAAAUGUGGAGAUGACAAAGAAAAUUCUAAAGGAAGGAAACUGAUUGUUUUCCUUGUGGGGAUCAUCUCUACUGAACUGCAAGUGUUCUUGAUUUUGUUACGCAUGCUUCAAACUCAUUUUAAGAACAUGGCACUCCUGUGGUUACUGAAGAGGUUUGUCUUACAAAGGUAGUUCAGGUCCCUGCAUAUGAACGGUGGAACAUAAUGUAAUCUUUCUGACAUUCUCUGAACUGGAGAGCAUUGACUUGUUCAACCACUACUUUAAAAUGACUUUAAAUGAAUGGAUUUUGUGUUUAAACUUUGUGACUGUGCAACAGCUGACUGCUGUUUAUCUUUAUGGGAUAUUUAUCUCAAAGCAAUAGUUUAACAUUUUGGGAAGUAUACUUAUUUGCUGUCUUGCAGAGAGUUAGACGUUUGAAACCAACUUCACAUCUACAUGUCAAAGAAGAAGCUAAAGCUAGUAGCCAGUUAGCCUAGCUCAGGGCCACAAACCUGCAGCUCUGGAGCCAUUUGUGAAGAUAUGUAACCAAAACUCUGAAUUUUAGA